AUGAUGAUCCUCACGAACGCCUCAUGUGUUCUGCUUCCUUGCUGCGCUGCUCCGACACCCGGCCACCCAGGCGAGUUGGGUUUGGGCGCCGCCGUGCGGGGCGCCGCCACGCCCAAGCCGGUGGACGCGCUGGCAGCGGUGAAGGUGGUCCAGGUGUCAGCAGGCUUUUCACAUACGGCCUGCAUCACAGACAGCGGUUUGCUGUACCUCUGGGGCUACGGCGCCCACGGGCAACUGGGCUUCGGCUUCGAUGAUUUGAGGUCUUCCUUGCGCUUGGGCCGCGGAUGGAGUGCCACUGGGCAGCCUGGUGCAGGUGCUCGAUCGGAUGACGCAGGCCACCGAUCCACUGGGCAAGUGCAACCAUGGCAGCAGGCCUGGCCCCGCAGGUGCCGGCGAGGCCCCUUCCGGAGCAGGCACUGCGAUGACGUGCAUUGUGGCGCUUACCACACCAUUGCAAAGGCCUCCAGCGAACCUUUGAGUGAUGUGGCCCUCAAGGAGUCGGAGGCGCUCCGGGCGAAUGGAGGACCGCUGGUUUCGCUCGCUCGUGAGCGUUCGCGUGGAGAGAUCCACUGGAUCAACUGGCUGGAGAGAUCCAACGACCUCGGCUUACGACUCACAGACCUCUCCUGGAUGACUUUGGCCCAGGCCGUCGCACAGGCGUUGUUGGCACCUCUUUGGGGCGUCUUGGCGGAUCGAAAAGUGCUGCGGCGGAAGACACUUCUGAGUCUCGGCGCUCUAAUCCAAGGACUUUGCACUGUGUUGCUGGCCUUCACCAAAGGCUUCAGUCUCAUGUUGCUGCUGAGAAUUCUCAAUGGCGCCGCACUGGCCAGCUUGAAACCUCUUUGUGUUGGGCUGGUGGCAGAUACCACUGCAGAGACCUUGCGAGGACGACAAUAUGGGUAUCUAGAGCUGUGCGUAAAGCUUGGCAUGAUGGCUGCUGCCUUGAUUGGCACGCCCAUGUCGCGCCAACAGAUUCUGGGGCUUCAUGGUUGGCAAGUGGCAUUCCUUUUGAUUGGCAGUUUUAGCCUCUUCACGGCCUUCUUAAUCCAGGUCUUCAUGCGUGAGGCGCGCCGGGAGAAGAGUUGGAGCAGUGGAGGCAGAGCUGGAUGUGCAGGUGCUAAAGAGGAGAUGCAAAAGCUGGGCGGCUACUUUCGGAAGCCGACCUUCCUUUGCCUGGUGGGGCAGGGCCUCUUCGGAGCCAUCCCAUGGAAUGCCUUCGGCUAUUCAACCAUGUACUUUCAAGUCAACGGUCUCUCGGAUGCGGCGGCGGCGGGUCUCAGCACGUUAGCACACCUCUCCAACGCCACUGGACAUUUGCUGGGCGGCUUCAUUGGAGAUGCCAUGGCCAAGCGCUGCCCGCUGCACGGACGACCCUUCACAGCCAACUUCUCAGUCUCCUGUGGGAUUCCCUGCGCCAUCUUCAUCUUUUUAUCGACCCAUCAAUCCUUCACCUACUACGCCAUCUUCCUCGUGAUCUUAGGCCUGGGUGCCACCUGGUGUGCUGUGGGCGUGAAUUGGCCCAUCCUUUCGGAGAUCGUGGAGCCCCAAUCCAGGAGUGGAAUCAUGGCCUGGGAAAGUGCGAUGGAGGGCGCUGUAGCAGCGUGUUUGGGGAAUGCACUGGUGGGCUUGUUGGCACAAGUGGUCUUUGGGUUUAACUUGGCCAAGGAAGGUAAAGCACAGAAUGCAGAGGCCUUGGGUAAAGCAUUGGCUUUGACCUCCGUCUUGCCAUGGACUCUUUGUCUAUUCUUCUACAUCCUUUUGCACUGGGCUUUCCCAUACGAUCGCCGCAUCCUGCAGAAGGAGAAGGAAGAUUUCUUGAAGCUCACUCCCGAGAAGGACAACUUGAGCCUGGCGGAAUGCCCCAGGCCUGUGCUGCGUCAGAAAGCACCCAGGACCAUGGAGACCUUCCGUGGCCUGGCGAACCUCUUCUGGGAGACCAAGCCCAAAGCGCCGGACGCACCGAAGGGCGUGGGCUUGAAGCGCGCUGGCUCCUACGCGCCCGUGGACGCGGACCGUCACCGUGGUGGGAAGGGCAACGAAAAAGGGGUCACCGUUGUGGGUGUCCCCUGUGCUGAGUGA